AUGGGCAAUUUUGCAUGCUGUUCCUAGAGAGAAAAAGAAGUUGAGCGAUACGAUGAAUCCGUCAUCACAUUUGCUGAUAGAAACAGAUUUAAAAGAGAUCUCAGCAAAAAAAUCAAUGUAAAGAAGCUUCAUACCGAGACUCUUAAUAAUUAGCAAGUGCUUGAUUUCGACACAUACAAGACUAUUAUGGGACUUAUCACUAGAUAUGCUACGGAGAUCACCGAUGUAAAGAAUGAUGAGACCUUUGAAAACAGACUUGACCUCUUGAACAACAACAAAGAGGAUGAAUACAAUAAAAUUGUUCAAGAUUUGUGCUAUUACUCUCAUAGAGUGCAAUCUACAUUGAUGAGAUAGGUCUAGGAUUCUUUGUAAAUUUUGAAUGACGAUAUCAUUAUCAACUCUCAUGACACUUACGAGUCAAGAAAGCAACUAUUCGAUCACAUGAAUGAGGAGAUUGAAAAGGAUCAAUCUAAAACUCCAGGUCGGGAGUAUGAGCCAGUCACCGAGGAAGAAGUCAUUGAAGAUGCAUACAGUUAUUAUUCAGAAUAAAUAACCGCAUUCAAUUCAAAGCUUAAGGAGACUCCUGACCCUCAGAAUCAUGAUAACCAUACUGGAAGUAAGCUUGAAGAGGAGGGAAUCAAACUAGAAGAUUAAGUUUAUCUAGUUUAUGGAAUCCACUACAGAUAACUCAGAAAGAUUGUCCUUCAAAGACAGAAUAGCUCAUCAAAUAACCCAGCCGACGCAUGA